CGUACCCACCACGCCACCCUCCCCAUCACCAUUCACUCAUCCACCACCACCAACGGCGCCGCAACCCCCACGCAAUCUCACCGGAAAAACGCCUCCUCCAGUUGAGCUGAGCCUGAGCUGCAGCUGAGCCGCCAUGUGCCCGCGGACCCACUGAGCCAAAACCCCUCGACCCCGCCCCCACUGCAGGCCGUUCCCUUUCCAAGAUCCGCGCUUUGAUCCGUCCGCCGCCGCCCGAGACCAUGCCGGCCACGGACCUCCAGGGCUCCUCCCCGUUCUCCUCCUUCGGCCGCACCCUCCUCUCCCUCCGCCGCGACGCCCCGGCGUCCGCGUCCGCGGCGGCUGCGAUGCCGCCGCCCGGCGUCGACCCGGAGCUCGAGGAGUUCCACGCCCACGUCGCCGCGCACCUCGCGGACCUGAGCGGCCCCGGCGCUGCUGGGGAGGAGGAGUUCAUGUCCAUCGCGUGGAUCCGGCGCCUGCUGGAGGCGUUCCUGCUCUGCCAGGAGGAGUUCCGGGUGGCGGUGGCCGAGGCGCGCCGCCGCCGCGCCGGGGCCACUCCCCCCGCCGGCGAGAGGCUGGUGGCCGAGUUCGGCGACCGCGCCGUCAAGGCCCUCGACGUCUGCAACGCGGCGCGCGACGGCGUCGACCAGGCGCGCCGCUGGGAGCGCCUCGCGGGCAUCGCGGCGUCCGCGCUGCUGGCGCCCGCCGACGGCCAGAUCCACGAGGGCCAGCUCCGUCGCGCGCGGAAGGCGCUCUCGGACCUCUCCGUGCUCCUCAUCGACGACGCCGCAGCCGCCGCCGCCACGGGGCCCGCCGGCGGGCUCGCCUCGAUCCUCGCGUCCCACCGCAACCGCUCCUUCGGCCGCGCGCGGGCGUCGCCGUCCCGCGCCUCCUCCUCCUCGUCGUCGUCCUCGUCGCCCUCCGCGCACUUCCGCUCGCUCUCGUGGAGCGUGUCCCGCACCUGGUCCGCGGCGCGCCAGCUACAGGCCAUCGGGGCCGGCCUGGCCGCGCCGCGCGCCAGCGAGGCCUCCUGGAGCCUCGCCGCGCCGGCGUACGCCAUGGGCUGCCUGCUCCACCUCGCCGCCUGGGCGCUCGUCGCCGCCGUCCCCUGCCCGGACCGUGCCGCCGCGCUCCAGGCGCACCACCUGCCGGCCGCGCCGCCGCGCGCCGCGUUCCCCUGGGCGCCGCCGCUCCUCGCGCUCCAGGAACGCCUCGCCGAGGAGGGGAAGCGCAAGGACCGCCGCAAUUCGUGCGGCCUGCUCAGGGAAAUCCACGCGCUGGAGAAGUGCGCGCAGAGGCUCGCGGAGGCCAUCGAUGCCGCGCCGGUCCCACUCACCGGCGAGCGGGAGGCCGAGGUGCGGGAGGCUGCAGCCCAACUCGCCGCCGCCUGCUCCGCCAUGAAGGACGGGCUGGACCCGCUGGAGAGACAGGUCCGCGAGGUCUUCCACCGCAUCGUGCGCAGCCGAAUGGAGGGUCUCGAUUCACCGAUGCCCAAUGCCGAUUGAGCUCAAUCAACAUGAUCAUCAUCAUCUUGCCUUUAGAUUUCCCAAUGUGGCGGUGCUAGGUAGCUAUCUUUUUUCGCUCGCUCUUGUGAUCAGCUAGUGGUAAGUAUAAAAUGUGUGUCCUUGUGUAAAGGAUUACAGAAAAAGGGAGAGGGAAGGUGUCAUCUUUAGGUAAAGAUGGUUCCUUUAUUCCCAUGUUUUGAUGCUGCAUUUGGUGUAUAUCGUUGUGUUUUUUUGCUAGUGUCACGUCUGUUCGCUGCUAAUUCUCGAGCAACUUGUGUCACUUUGGGAAUGUGACUAUCAUUGACAAUGCUAACAAGCAGGAAAAA